GGCUCGAUUAACUGAAUCGAAAUUAACAUCAUUAGUGUCACCGUCGACCAACGGUUUCGCCGUUCGUUAUUUCAAACCAGGCUGCGCGCGCAUCGUUGUCGCGUUCGAUGUGUAAUCGAGUAAGGCAGCAGAAACGGCUCGGUGUUUUCCGCCCGCUCUCGUUCUCUGGUUUCUUUUCUCAAAUCGAAGUUUGGUGCCUUUUCGGUUGUCAUAGUGAACCGGACCAAUGACGACGACGACGCCGCCGCUGCCGCUGCCGCCGCUUCGCGCGUGACUCGCCCCGAGCUUCCGCCGACAUGCUGCCGGGCUCGAUCCAGAUAACGGGCGAGGCGCUGUCCGGGGCGGAGAUCAGGGACAUCUGUGAGAGUCUGAAGGAGAACAGCGUCCGGCUGCUGUCCGUGCGGGGCUGCCAGCUGUCUGACCGGGACUUCGGCCGGGUGUGCCGCGGCGUGUCCGAGUCGCGUUCGCUGGCGCAGCUCAACCUGAACCUCGGCGUGGUGUCCAGCGGCAGUCGCGCCAAGCAGCUCGCGGACGCGCUCGAGGCCAACAGAUCCAUUCAGACUCUUUUUCUGCAUGGAAGCCCUCUUUUAGAUGCAGGGUUGGUCACCCUGAAUACAGCACUGUCAACGCACCCUUCACUGGUGUCCUUGGAUCUGGGGGAUUGUAUGUUGGGAGAUGAGGCAGUUCAGCUGAUCUGUGGCAUGCUGCCUCCAGACGGAGCCAAGUCUGGUCUUAGGGAGUUGACCUUGAGUGCAAACCCAGCAAUCACCACCAAGGGCUGGGCUCGACUGGCCAUCGCUGUGGCCCAUAGCUCCCAGCUACGGGUCCUUAAUUUGGACUACAAUCCCUUAGGGGACCAGAUUGCAGGAAUGUUGGCUGUUGCUGUGGCUUCUAGCCGGACUCUAGAAGUUCUAGACUUGGAGGGAACAGGGCUCACAAAUCAAUCAGCACAGGUCUUCCUCGACAUGGUGGAGAACUACCCCACGUGCCUGCGUGUGCUGGUGCUGGCUGAGAACGCCAUCAGCCCCGAGUUGCAGCAGCAGAUAUCCGACUUGCUGUCUGAAGGCGAGGACGAUGAUGAUAAGGAGGCCGAAGCCCGUGGCAGCUUUGUAGCACCCCGAGAGAAGCCCGCCUGGCUCCCUCACAGCAACUGUCCAGGGGUCACCGGUUGACUCUGAAGAACAAGAGCCUUGGUGUUUAAAGUAAUAAAGGGGUAUUUGUAGCCUUUCUUGUGCAAUAUGAGAACAGAUUGUAUGCUUUUCAAUAAGUAGAGAGUUGUUUCUGUAUAAAAGCCAGUAAAAGAAGGUAGCUUUUAACUCUGUGUACCUGGUGAAUGAACAUAAUCGUAUAUAAAGUAAAUGAAAAAGGGAAAAAAAUAACUGUAGAAAGAGAAGCAGGGAUAUAGAACUCAAAGUAGUCCUUUCCUUUCUUCCUUAGAAUGACAUUUUCAUUUACCUGAUUAUCUCUGACCCUUUCAGGCUCCAACUCCCAGAUGGUCCUGAUGACAUCAGGACUGGGUGAGAGCUUUUUGGCAGAGACAGAGAUGUGAUAACUGGAGCUGCCUUUGGUUUUAGGUUUGCACUGCACGCCGCUACCGCCAGACCACCUGUUAGCGUGCAACCACUCAUACUGCAUGACCUGUAGCACUUAGCGGUAUACCGUUCAAAGCUGGCACAAAAUGAAAACCUCGAUCACCAAGUGACUUAUGAUACUCUAUAGUGAAUUAUUUAUUUUCCAGAUGUACAGAUUAUUUAUAAGCAGCUGUUUAAGCAACCAGUGUACUCUUCAUUUGAACAGCUACGUAGGAUUGUUGUGAUGGCCUGAUGUCUGAAUAAAUCUAUUUACAUCUUUUUUUUAAUUGUUUUGUCCUGUUCAAAACUGUGUCUAGUUGACAUUUCAUGAUGAACAUAAAGGUAUCAAAAGAGAGAAAGUAUAAUUGCAAGGGGAAUUCCACCAGUUGUUCUGAAUUUCUGCAGAAUUCAGCUGUUUAGAGUUCUGUUCUAGAGAAACGACAUUAGACGCUGAUGUCUUUACAGCGGCAGUGAUGGGAACCAGGGGUCGCAGUGUCUACAACACAAAUAUCACAAUUUUAUUUGCUAUCCAAAACCAUCAGUGAACAUGGUAACAUAGAGGAAAUAUAAUAAACCAUUUUCACUGGCAGUGCCCUUCAUGUACCUUUCCACCAUAAAUAUAUAAAAAAAUAGACCAUAAAGAAUCCCGAAAAUUGUCUUAAAAAUGUCGAUCAGACAUCAGGCAGCAUUUCCAUGACCAUUUCAGGUUAUAACUUUCUCUAAGGGAGCUUUAGAAGCAUUAAACUCUUAGGACUUCUAGUUCCUAUCACCACCACUGUGCACAAUUCGGUCAGUAAGUUUCUCUAGAAAAGUGCAUUUCACACUAAACCACUCUGAAUUACUUGGCUUACAUAUAAACUGAAUUUUUUAAAAAGUGGAAAAUGUGGUGGAAUUCCUCUUUAAGAAGAGUACAUAGAGUACGCUUCUGCUAUUACUGCAAUGAGAGACACUCCGCACAUUACAGAAUUCACAGUAAGCAUCUUUCUUUCCACAGUCCAGUUGAAGGUGUUAUUGCUUAUUGCCUAGGAGUGAAUGUUAAAAAGUCUACACACCCUUAGUGAAAUUGCAGAAUUUUUGUGAUGUAAAACCAGAAGUCAUGUCAAUUUUUCCAUCUAUAACAACCUUAAAUCUAACAAAAUUCAAGAGAAAUACAGAUAAUUAUUAGAAAUAAUAAUAAUAACAACAACAACAAAAUCCUACAAUACCCGGGUUGCAUAAGUGUGGACACUCUUAUAAAAUGGGUGUAGCUGUGUUCAGAGUUAAACAAUCACAUCCAAAAUCAUGUCCAAAAAUACAUAGUAUACAUUUACAAUCACUAUAUACUUACCUAGAGCAACAUUAAAUGACCUGGUAGAUAACUGGCCACUCCUUGCAGGUGAUGACAAUCCCCUAUAUUCUGCACAUCUGGGCUGUGGGGUACAUAAACUGAAGUCAUUUCUCACAAAAAAAAAGGAUCAAAGCCCAUCUAAAGUUUGCAAAAUUACAUCUAGUCACCUUAAUCCAUUAGAUGUGACAAAGGUUUAAGAUUUUGGCCUGAAUUCCAGAGGAUUUGUUGCAAUAACACCAGGCAAGAUAAUGGAUAUUUCCAAAUAUAAAAAUCUGCAGGCCUCUGUCAGAAAGCUGAAGAUGAAGAGGAAUUUCUAACUCCAACAUGAUGAUGUAAGCCGUAUCAGAGUCGACCUUCAGAAAAAGAAGCUCUGGCCCAGUCAGAACCUUGAUUGCACAUUGAAACAUUCGAUUGAUCACCUGGCAAGUCCAGGAGGAAUGGGAAAAAUUGAAAAGUCCAAGUGUAAAGACUUAUUUAAUGGCUUAAAGAGGAGCUUAGUGAAGUAGUUGUGCACACAUAAAAAGCAGGGGGUUUAUUAUUUUACAUUAUUUUGUUAAUUAUUCUUUUUUCUCAUGAAUUGCGUUGGUUGCAAAAUCCCAUUAAAGAUGUAAACGUGUUUAACAUGAUUUAUCUUAACAUCACAAAACCCUGCAAUUUCAAUAAGGGUGUGUAUUCUUUUUCUGUGUACUGUAGCUGAACAUGGUGAACAGUCUAAGCACUUCAGUGUCUUCACAUCAGAUGCAGCAUGGUGUUCUUGAAACCUUCUAAAACUCUCCUGAUAACGGUGUCACAUUUCAGUGCUGUUAUGCUGCUCAAACAGCUCCUGUGCAAAGCUGAUUAAGCUGUUUAUACCAUUCCAGGACAACUGUGAUCCGAUUAAAACUCUUUGUUCCAA